AUGGAAAUGGAAGGGGUCUCUCAACUGGGUCGCGCACAACCCCAUGCCCCCCUAGGUCGCCACUCCACCCAUUUGGCCCGGCCCUCUUCCAGCUGCCGGCUCAUUCGUCAAACGGCCAAUCGGUGCGCCCCCUCUUUGAUCGUCCGCAGCCUAGUCAAUCUUCUCGCCCCGCUGUCAUUCGGCCGGCCCCCUUAUAGUUGGUCCGCCCGCUCGCCAAACGGCCCCUUCCCCCCGUCAAUCGGUCCGCCUCCUUGUUGA